AGGUCCGCAAGCACAGGGAGCGCUCGCAGGAGGAGAAGAUCGCGGAGGUGAUGGAGAAUCAGAGACUGCAGCACCUGGAGCUUGAGCACAAACUAGAGAUGGAGAAGGCCAAGCAGCGCGAGCGGGUGAAGACGAUCAACCAGCAGCAGAUCGCAACCAAGGAGGCGCAGCGCGAAGAGGCCCUUGUGGAACACAUGAAAGAGCAGGCUCAGGUGCAGGAGCUGGUGAUGAAGAUCGCCCAGGAGGACCAGAAGGAAGUCAUGGUGAAGGAGCAGAAGAAGGUGCAGUCCCGCGUCCAGAUGCAGCAGUUCCAGGCCGAGGUGAAGCAGAAGCAGGCCAAUGCCAUCGCCCAGGAGAAGGCCGAGUUAGAGAGGAUCGAGGAGUUCGCGCGGAAGAAGCGCGAGUUCGAGGAGGAGUUGGAGGCCCAGAAGGCGGAGGCCGAGCGCGAGAAGGUCCGCAUCCUCAACAACAUGUUGGGCGUGAUGGAGGCCAAAAGCAAGGAGGCGGAGGAGCUCGAGCAACUCCGCAACGACAUGCACAUGGAGGAGCUGGAGGCCGCUGCGUUGCGCCGCGAGGAGGCGCAGAAGCUCAGGGGCGCCCAGGCCCGGCAGGAGAUGCACCACGCUUACGUGCAGCAGAUGGAGAUGAAGCAGGCCAAGCUGCAGCGGGAGAAGGCGGAGGAGGACAAGAUCCGCGAGCAGCUCUUGAAGAAGUACGCCGAGGACGACCGCGUCGAGCAGAUGAACGAGCAGAAGAAGCGCAUGAAGGUCCAGGAGCACAAGCGCGAGGCCGAGAGGAUCGUGCAGCUGAAGCGGGCCGAGUUCGACGCCGCCCGCCGUGCGGAAGCGGAGAACGAGGAGCGGAUGCGCGAGGAGGAGAAGAUGCGGCAGGCCAUCGUCGAGGAAGAGCGACGCCGGCUGAUCAAGGAGCACGGCGCCCAGCUGAAGCCCUUCCUGCCGAAGGGCACCCUCGAGAGGCCCGAGGACCUCGAUCUCUAGCACAACAUUGGCCAGACCGGCCCCCAGAAGGUGCCCCAGACCUCGACGCCCUCCUGCGCGCCGCCGCGCGGGAGAGGGAGUGAGGCCCGCCUCGGAGGACGGUAGGCCGCCUCCGACUGCUCCUCCUCCUCCUCCUGCUCCUCCUCCUCCUCCUUCUCCCGUUCUGCGAUUCUCUUGACCUUCCCUGGUUCUCCUACAACCUUGCCUGCCUUGCGCCAGCCGCACAGUCGCGAAGCGACAGCAAGAGCGCACCGUGGAGCUGCGGCCUGACGAGUCCCAAAAGGCGG